UAGAUACGGUCCUGGAUAAGGUUCAGUAUAAAGCACAAUUGGCAGACAAUGAAGACAGCGUGGUCAUGAAUGUUGGCUUGGAGGUCAAGCCACUCAUCAUCAGCAGUCAUGCAACCACCUUGGCAACCUGUGUGGUUUGUACUCCCGACCCCCCUGCUGAGGUAUCAUGGGAUGUACUAUCCCUCGGUGCCAUGGUUACAUCCUCUGAGGUCACAGCCAACUCCAACGAUAAUGGAACAAUCACAGUGACCAAUCACCUGAGGGGUGUGCCUUCCAGCGAAGUGAACCAGAAGAAGGUGCAAUGUUUGGUCAGACACCCCACGCUAGGCCGAGAUAAGGUCAUCUACAUCAUAGACAUUCACUAUCCUCCUCAGUCCGUGAAGAUCACACAGAAGGACGAUGGCUAUCAGUGCGCUGCAGACGCCAACCCUAAACCCGUGUACACAUGGUCAAGAGAGGGCCAUCCCCUGCCCAGUGGGGUGAGAGCAGAAGGCAACAGGCUGUACCUGGACUUCAUUCCUGAGCUGAACGGCCUGUACACCUGCAAGGCCUCAAACUCCUAUGGCACUGCGGAAGGUCACCACACUCUGUAUGCAGUCACUGAGUCUGUGACACCCCUCUCUCAGAUAAUGGUGAUAAUCGUGACUACUGUUGGAGAUAUUGUCAUCUUCGUAACGUUAUUCCGGCUAUGUUAAAUCUGUAAUGUUAACACAAAUGUAACUGAAUGUUCUCUCAUCUUUUCUGCACACAUGACUAGUAUUUCCUGUGAUUCCUUCCAACUGCCAUGGACACCAUGCAAUUAAGAUGCAUGGAAUUAAAGCCAGAUACCAUGUGUGUGGGGGGUAUUCCAAUAGGCAUAGAGUGAGAGAGAAAGAGAGAUCUGCCCACAGGCAUUCUUUUAAAACCUGUUUUGUCUUCCUGUUACAUAAAACUCACCCUGGUCUUGUGCUACCACAUUUACUUUCUACUGGUUGCUCCAUCCCUCAUGCAGAGAUUUGGCUUGGCAUCCAUUCAGACUUCAUGAGGAUAUGAACGUUUGAAUGAAUUAUCCCUACUUUGCAUCAAUUCAAUUCACCUUUAUGUUCUGUACAGAGGUUCUGUACAGAGAGUGCACAAUUUUCCUGCAAGGCUGUGCACCUAAAAUCUCUGACCAUGUUCAGCUCAGCAAUUCCACAAACCAAGCAACAAUAGGAAACCGCUUCUGUCAAGUUCUAUUAGUUAAUAUCACAUUCAUUCACAAGUCAUGUUAUUUCAUUGUGUAUUUCAGGUAAUAUCAAUAAAAGUGCAUUUGUGUUGUUUUGCUUGAGUAACAAUAAAUCACAUAACAAUAACCCAUUUACAGUUCCACUGAAAAAUAGAUGAAAUGCAUAAAAAUGGUGGCUAUAGCAUUUUGGAAAAGAGCUCUUUAUGAGUCGUUAAUUGGCCUUAGUUCUGAGGUCUGACAGACACCUUAUUCUGCUUAUACUAUAACAAUAGUAUGUUCUGGCUGUAUUCUGUCUCCAAAAACAGACUGUGAUACACAGACAACUUGAACAAACAUAGGCUCCCAAUGAAAUUCUAUUCUGUAAUAUUCUGUGUACUGUAUAGAAGUGGACAUUCUUUAACUUUCACAAAAACACUUCUGGAAUGAACACAGAACAUUUGCUUUUUUACUUAUUAGGAUGGAACAAUGGGGUUCAUCUAAUACUCUCAACAACAAGUCAACAUGAUGUGGUUAAAAUAAAAGUGUUUGGAUUUGCAUGUA